AUGUUGUGGAAAACCCUCCUCGCGAUGACUGUCCUGUUGGGCACCAUCCUCCCAGUCAUGGGAAUCCCCACUGCCAAUAUCACCUCCGAUGACCCCGACGAUGACACUGAUCCCCAGGCUCUGGAAAAAUAUGUCUUUGCUCACUUCAUGGUCGGCAUCGUCGAAAACUACCAACUAGCCGACUGGAUCACCGACAUGACCAUCGCGCAAUCCAUCGGCAUCGACGCCUUCGCCCUCAACUGCGCCAGCAUCGACAAAUACACACCCACCCAGCUAGCUCUCGCCUACCAAGCCGCCCAACAAGUCAACUUCAAAGUCUUCAUCUCCUUCGACUUCGCCUACUGGAGCAACGGCGACACGGCCAAGAUCACCGAAUACAUGCAAAAGUACUCAAACCACCCGGCCCAAAUGCAAUACAAGGGCGGGGCACUGGUGAGUACUUUCGUCGGGGAUAGCUUUAACUGGGGUCCUGUGAAGCAGGGCACCUCGCAUCCCAUUCAUGCGGUGCCGAAUUUGCAGGAUCCGGCUGCCGCGUCGAGUAAUGGACAACGGGGAGCGGAUGGGGCGUUUUCGUGGUAUGCGUGGCCGACGGAUGGGGGGAAUAGUAUUGUUAAUCGGCCGAUGGAUACGGUUUGGGAUGAGAGGUAUGUCAAGGACUUGGCGGGGGCGACUUAUAUGGCUCCUGUUUCGCCAUGGUUCGCAACACACUUCAACAGCAAGAACUGGGUAUUCAUCUGUGAGAAUCUCCCCACGCUGCGAUGGGAGGAAAUGCUUUCCCUCAAGCCGAGCUUGAUAGAGAUCAUCUCCUGGAAUGACUACGGCGAAUCGCACUACAUCGGCCCCUACGCCGCCCACCACAGCGACGACGGAUCCUCCCAAUGGGCAAAAGACAUGCCCCACGACGCGUGGCUCGAUCUCUACAAGCCGUACAUUGCCGCCUACAAAUCCGGAGCUAGUAAACCUACCAUCGAGAAAGACGGACUCGUGUACUGGUACCGUCCCACUCCGAAGGGGGUGACAUGUCCGGAGGAUCCCAUGCCAGCUCCGAACGGCGUCAACAUGCUCACUGAUAGUAUCUUUGUGGCGACGAUGUUGACGAGUCCGGCUACGUUGAUCGUGACGAGUGGAUCAAAUGGUCCGGUGAGGGUUGAGGUGCCGGCUGGGAUUGUUACGUCGAAGGUGCCGAUGGGGGUGGGUGCGCAGGUCUUUGAGGUGAGUCGGGAUGGGAAGACGAUUUUGAGUGGGAAGGGGGGGUUGGAUGUUAAGGAUCGGACGAAGUAUUAUAACUUUAAUGUGUUUGUUGGGGGGGUGUAA